AUGGAACCUCCAUGGUUCAUGACACUUCAAAACAAAACAGGUUACUCAUUCGAUAAUCUUGGAGAACCAAUCAAGAAUUCAUCAGGAACUCCUGCAACACCCCUUCAUUUUGGUGGAGGGCACGUAAAUCCAAAUGCUGCUGCACACCCUGGCCUAGUAUACGACGCCGACGAGCAAGACUACAUUGGAUAUCUCUGCGAUGAUGCGACGAACUACACGGCAUCUAUCGAGGCACCGGACAGUGUGUCGGUGUCGGUUCAUCCAUCAGUGCUGCGGUUCAAGCACAAGGGCGAGACAAAAGCAUUCCAGGUGAUAUUUAGAGUGGAGGGCGACUCAAACAUUGAUAAUGAUGUUUUCGGGAAGCUGAUAUGGAGCAAUGGAGAGUAUACAGUCGCUAGCCUCAUUGCAGUCCAUCCCAGUAGAUCAGAUAUUCUGAUGGAAUGA